AUGGCGGCGCUAAUUCCGACGGUUCCUCAGCCGGAGGAGAGCGCUCCGGUGAUUCAGAAGGGCGGCGAUGAUGUUGAUGGAGCUUCGGGGAAGGAUCGGGAAUUGGGGAGUUCGAUAAAAGUUGGUGUAAAGUCAGGUGAGGAGUUAGGGCAGGGAAAGGAUACUUCGUUGGAGGAGGUGAAGGAGGGUUCGUCGGAGGUGAUAAAGGAGUCAGAAGAGCUUCUAAGUCUUCUGUCUACUGUUGGUGGUGAUCACGAUAGUAGAUCGAACUCAGGAAAAGAGGAGAACGCUGUGAAGGAGGAUCGUUCGGGAAAAUCAUGGGCAUCGGUAGCUGCUCCGAGAUCGGGAUUGCAGAAAUAUGUUGUUGAAGUGGAAGACAUUAACAGAGUGGAAACUAUUCAUGUUCCGGACAGUGUUUUCGAGAACACUCCUCCGCUAUGGGAGGAUUGCAUCGUUGGGAAGUUUGUGUCGAAGGCUCCUCAUGUGGCGAUGGUACACAUGACCGUGAAUAAGAUCUGGACGAUAGGAAACAAAUCGAUCAAAGUUGACGUGUUUGUGGUCGAUGACACGACGAUUAAAUUCAAAAUUCCUGAUGCAUCGAUAAGAGCAAGAGGAAUGUGGAGUAUUAAAAACACUCCAAUGAUAGUAUCCAAAUGGAGGCCAAUCGUUGAAGAAGCGCAGCCGGAGGUGAAGUCUAUCCCGAUGUGGGUUGUAGUACGAAAUGUCCCUCGAUCCAUGUACUCAUGGAAGGGAUUAAGCUUCCUAACAAGUCCGUUGGGAGAGCCAAAACAGCUGCACUCAGAUACUUUGUGGGCAAAAAGUUUUGAUGAAGCGAGAGUGUUUGUGGAGGUAAAUUUGGAACAAAAUCUUCCGGAAGCUUUCAGUUUCAAAUCCAGUAAGGGUGUCGAUAUAGUCGUAUACUAUGAGUUCCCGUGGUUGCCUCCAAGAUGUUUGGCUUGUGCAAAGUGGGGACAUGUAUCAGCGGAAUGUAGGGCCACCCCUGGGGAUAAGUUAAUUCUCAGACGAGAUUCUUUAUCCAAUGCAGCAGGGAAAGAAAAUGGGAUAAACCAAUCUGGGUCAAAAGCGGAGGCUGUGGUAGUUCAUCGGGAGGAAGAGACUAUACCACCGGUGCUGACAUCACCUGUUAAGACUGCGGAGCAUCGGGAGCAGGAGAUAUCAGAAGAUAGGCAGGAAAAAACAGUUGGACCCUCGUCAAAGAAAGCAGAGGAGAAAAGAUCGAAAGUGUCGGGGCAGAGAACAGAGGUUUCGAAAACUCAAGAAACGGAGGAGUGGGAAAAGGUGAAAUCACCUGCUAAGCCAAGGAAUAAGGCAGGAAAAGAUAAACAGUUGGAGGCAGAUGAGGUUAUUUCCCCUUCUCGGUUCACUUCUCUAGUGAGUGAAAAUGAGCUGGAGGAAAUUGAGGAAGGAGAAAUAGAUGAAAAUACAGAGUGUGAGGCUGAUGAUCAGUUGCAGGGGAAGGAAGACGGAGAAAUAAGCCACCGGGAACUGGGAAAACCGCCACCGGGUGGAAGAGUUUUAUUACCUCGAGGAUCUAAAUCUUCGCAUCGAUACCUACAUGCUGCUUCAAAUCCGACUUCUACACAGGGCUCGGGCAAGAAGAAAAAGAGUAAACCAAGAUGGUCGUUCAUGAGCAAUUACGAACAUCAUCGGCUGGGGAGGAUUUGGGUGGUUUGGUGUGAGACAGUUCGAAUUACACCAGUCUUUAAGAGUGAUCAAAUGAUCACGGUGCUAGUAAAGAAGCUUGGCGAUGAGGACGAAUUCUUGUGUUCAUUCAUUUAUGGAUCUAAUUUCACGGAUGAUAGGAGAGUCUUGUGGGAGGAUGUACGAAGCCAUUAUAUAUCGCCAAUAUACUGGAAUAAACGCUGGAUUAUUAUGGGGGAUUAUAAUGAGACUCUUUCGACUGAGGAAUAUUCAGAUCCGUCUUCGACUGAAACGAAUGGUAUGAGGGAUUUUCAAGAGCUUGUUAGAGAUGGGGAUCUUAAUGACAUGGGAUUUCAUGGUCCUCUUUUUACCUGGAGCAACAAGAGGGAGGAUGGAUUGAUAUGUAAGAAUCUGGAUAGGGUACUAGUGAAUGAGAAUUGGUUGAACGAUUACCCAAAUUCAUAUUGCGUAUUUGAAUCUGGAGGAUGCUCUGAUAAUCUAAGAUGGCGAUUUUAUGUGGAUGGAGAAAUCACAAAACCAAAGCGGCCAUUCAAGUUCUCGAAUGUCAUUGCAUCUACGCCUCGUUUUAAAGCAGCAUUGCAGGAAUAUUAG